AUGCAUGGCAGGUCUGAAUUGGCGCAAGUUCCUGAUCAAGUCACUGAAGUAAGUACACAGGUUGAAAAUGUGUCAUACGACACUAAUGACGUUGUUCACGAAAUCUCCAGCAGCAUUGAAACAGUGACUAUUACAGAACCAGAAGCAGGGCUCAGCCUAAUUGCAUCCAUCGGCGAGAUCAACAUCUUGUCAAAUCGGAGUGGUGCUCUUGACAUUGCCCGUGGCAGCACGAAUACAGCUGAAGUACAUGAAAUUGAAGUCGACAAGGAUGAAAAUGCCACCAAGGGUAAAGUGAGCACUGAAGAAUAUGAAUAUGACCUUGAGAAAAUUCUGGAUGAACAAGAAACCCAUGACCUCUACUGUCCCAACUGCAAGUCGUGCAUAACUCGAAGGGUGAUCCUUAAAAACAGAAAGGGAUACGGCGAACAACAAAAAAGACAGCAUGCAGAUGAAAGCCUUGAUCAAGAGUCGCCUGAAGUAUUUGGAUGUUUAUCUUGCUUCACUUUCUUCAUUCCGACAGGUUGUGGUUUUAAUAUAUUUCGUAUAUUUGAAAGGAGAGAUGCAAACCAACAAGUCGAGGUUCAACAUCCUGCUGCUUCACAAGAGACGUCUGAACAUUGUGGAAGUUGGCUUCUCUCUUGUUUCCAGACUGUUGAUAGUCCAAAGAAAUCAACUGUUGCAGAUUCACAGAAGGAACCACUGUUAAGUGGCCCACAGAGUACCGACAAUACAAUUUCAGUUGAAGACAGCGCAUCAUCUUCUCAAAGUUUGUCACCUUUAGUAGCUGGAUCAUCUUCUACAGUCCAAACCACCACUGGAAAGAAUGAAGAAGAAAUUAAACAACCGUUCAGUGAAUACCAUGGAACCGCAUCUUCAUCCGUAACAGUUCACACAUCAUCAUCUUCGCAGAGUGAGACAGGAUUGUUCACACAGACAGGACAAGUGGUAACUGAGCAGCGAGGCGGAGCACACCAAGAACAGAUUCCUCCCUCAAAACCUGCUGAUGAUAUGAUUAAUGGCAUUCACCUGGGUCACAAACAAGAUAUUCAAGGAAACACAACAGGAGCCUCUGGGAACAACUCAUUUUUCAAUCAACCAUUUUUCAAUCCUGAACUUGAAGUCCAAGCAAAAGUUUUGCCAGGAGUCGACAACCUGACAGGCUUUAAAAAGUUCAGCUUGUCAGAGCUGGAGGAGGCUACACAUAAGUUUUUGAAGGACAACAUCAUUGGACAAGGUGCCUUCGCUACGGUCUAUAAGGGUGCUUUACUUGACGGACUUGUGGUUGCCAUCAAGAAAAUUCAAUAUCCAUAUCAACUUUCCAUGAAGGACAUAUGUGAUAAACUCGCUCAUGUUUCAAAGCUUGAGCACAAGAAUAUAGUUCAACUUAUUGGAUAUGGACAUGGAGUCCUAGAGACGAUAGAGAGGUUCCAAGACAAAAAAAGGUAGUGGUUCAAAAGAUGAUCUGUUUUUGGUGGAAGAGUACAUGCCAAAUGGAAGCUUGGACAACAUUAUCCAAGGUUCUCAACUAGAUUGGUCCUCUCGCCUCUUGCUAAUUCAGGGGAUAGCACACGGCCUACAAUACCUGCACGAGCAACAAUUUGUUCAUUUGGAUUUAAAACCAAGCAAUGUCCUCAUAGACUCUGACAUGAUUCCAAAGAUAACUGACUUUGGUACAGCUAGAAUGCUGGACCAAGGUAAUGAUGUGACAGUUCGUGACGCAGACUACCUAUUAGCAGGCACAAUGGGAUAUAUGCCUCCAGAAUAUAUCAUGGAAGGCAUUGUGUCCAAAAUGUAUGAUGUGUACAGUUUUGGUGUCAUCCUCCUUGAGACCAUUAGCGGUAUGUGCGGAUCUAAGCCUGCUCGGCGCCAAUCUUCAAUUGCAUGGGCUUGGGUAGCACGAGAAGCUGGACGGAUGGAGGACUUACUUGAUCCGUCCCUGUGCUUGGAGUCACAGCUACGUGAGGCAAGAAGAUGCUUGGAAAUAGGGCUACUGUGCACUCAAUCUGAUCGGGCAGACCGGCCCACUAUGCUGGAUGUUGUCGAAAUGCUGGAGACUGAGAAAGAGUUACCGACCCCAAAGCAACCAAAAUACACCGAAGGAAGAAGUGCCUGACCAUGAUCACACAGAUUUUCACCUGCUCCAUCUUCUUCGCUACGUUCUGUUCCUACACAAAAUAAAUAUUUAAACAUACAAGAAACCAAAACUCUAUGGCACAUGAAUGGCCAGAUGAGGACAUGUGCACUUCUGUGCAAGCUUGAUUGUUUUAUAUCUAUACUAGAAUAAAUUUCAUCAUGUUUCGUCAG